ACUCUCUGCAACACAUAUGACUUUUUGUUGUGCUUGGACAAUAUAAUCCACCUUAUGAAAUCAAUCAAACGUUUCUGAUGUCAAAAGCAUUUUAUUGUAAAGCGAACCAUGCUGGACAUCAUUUUAAUUUUGCCACAAGAAGUGUUUCGUUUGUUGUUAAAGUGAUUUUCUUCCGACAAUUUGUUUCAAAACAUCUUUACGUAUUAUUUGUAUAAAUAAAAAUGAAUGUUGAAAAUAGUCUCGAUAGUAGUGUAAGUGUUAACUCCUCAGAUUCAGAGGCUACUGAAAAUUCCGUUGAAAAUGGCAGACCAUGCAUUGUCCGAUUCCGGCACUGUGACUUCACUUUCGUCAGACAGAUUCUGAUUGAUUGGGGAAAGCGACUGUCCACAAGCCCAAUAAAGGGUGCAAGUCCUGCCAAAAAGAUUUGUUUGGAAGAAAGUUCAAACAAUGACCUUUUGACGGCAGAAACUGUUCCAAUUGAAGAACGGAUAUGCGGGGUGCUCAACUUGGCAUCUCUAUUUAAGGAGUCGUACUCCAACACACCGACCAACGAUCUCAUUACCAUUGCAUUUGGCGUCGAUAUUUCUUGUUCACCGGAAUGUGCGGAGCAAAUUGAAAUCGAAUCACGACAUCGUCAAUCUAAUAAAGAGGCUAAAUGGAAGCAGCUUCAAGUCGGUCGUAUAUGUGGUUCAGUUUUCAAAGAGGUGUGUCAAUCGCAAUCCAAAUAUCCACCCAAGCAAUUGAUGAGUCGUAUCUACCAGCACAUCGACUCUGACGAUAAUGCCAGUGCAUGGUUGAAGAAGAACUUCAUGACCGUUCGAACGAAAUACGAGCGAGUAAUGUUGAAUCGGCACAAAAACUUUGUUUAUCGCAAAUGUGGCUUGAUCAUCGCACCCGAUCAUCCGCAAUUCUGCGUUACCCCAGGCGGGAUUGUCGAAUGUGACUGCUGUGGUCGAGGCAUAACCGAAUUUUAUACGCCAUACGAGAUACGCAACGAAAAAAUGAUCUACUCGCUGCCGUGCAUUGAUGAGACAGAUGACUAUGACUUUACUUUGCGAAAGGACACCAACUUUUACUACAAAAUUCAAUUGCACAUGUUCCUAACUGACACCAAGUAUUGCGAUUUCGUCAUUUGGACGUUGUGUGAUUUUUUAGACAUUCGCGUUCAGCGCGACGAUGAUUUCCUUUUCGUCAAAGUAAACACGGCAAAAACUUUUUUUUUACGCAAAAUUUUGCCAGAUCUUUUCAGCUGUGGAUGCUGAACGUUUUGUUUUUUGAGUUUUCUUUACUUUUUUUUUGUUGAAACUUUGAAAUCAAUAAUUUUGACUAAUGCUCGAUUGCCCGCUGUAACACACAUUUGCAUCUAUGAAAUAAAGUUACAUUUUGUGUUAAUUU